ACUUUGUCGAUGUCGCGCGCGCACACCCGACGACGGUGCUCGUGAAUGCCGGAGCUCCUCCUUCAUUUUGGACUAAAGAAAAGAGAAGUUUAAGGCUCGAUUCCAUGAGGUUAUUGGUGCCCUGGACAUAUUCUGAACAGGGUCUGUGAGUAGAAAUCCCUGGCAGAUCAUCAUUACGUUAAAAUCUUGAAUAUUGCAAGUCUUGUCAAGUUCGCACACUUGUCUGAUUGUCGCCUGUACCGUACCGCAGUGCUGCUGAUCGAUCGCGCCAGUACAGCGCCUUCCAGGAAGUAGACCUCGGCUACGUUAGUGCAUGCAUGCCCAAUUUGGUUUUCUACUUUUGAAAUUGAGUUAGCGUCGCCGAUCGCCUAAUUCAACAUGGCGGAUACCGAUUUGAAAUACCUGACUGUUGACAAACACAUGAUCAAUGACCCUGCUUAUCAUGCACAAUGGGCAGCAAAAAAGCUUGUCUGGAUACCUGAUGAAGUCAAUGGAUUUAUUGCUGCAAGCAUCAAGGAUGAAAAAUCGGGGCAAGAAAUUGUGGUGGAGAUACUUGACACCAACAAAAAAAUUACAAUCAACAGAGAUGAUAUCCAAAGGAUGAAUCCACCGAAAUACACAAAAGUUGAGGAUAUGGCAGAUCUGACUUGCCUCAAUGAAGCAUCAGUCUUACAUAAUCUCAAGGACAGAUACUAUUCUAGCCUCAUCUAUACCUACUCUGGACUGUUCUGUGUGGUCGUUAACCCCUACAAGAGACUUCCCAUCUACCAUGAAAAGGUCAUCGACCUCUACAAGGGAAAGAAGCGCCAUGAAGUGCCCCCUCACGUGUAUGCCAUCACAGACACUGCCUACAGGAGCAUGCUUCAAGGUUUGUGAAAAUUAUGUGUUCAUGUCCAAGUCAAUAUUUAAUGUGAUGAUAAGAGCAAUGAUAUGCUACAAUAGCAUGAUUGAAACACCCAUGUACGGAAAAAUAUGUCUGUUAAACAAGUGAAAAUACACUUUUACUUUUACAUACAAAACACUAUCAUCACCAUAAAUUUUGUUGAAAAUUCCUAUGGUGUGAUGCAUGGAAAAAUGAUACAGGGCUGGGGGCGAUUUAGCCCUUGAAAUACUCAAAAGAACCCUGGAGACUAGAAAAAAAGAAGCACUGGAAAUCCCCAUUCAUUGCGAUGUUAACUAAAAGCUUAUUCAAUGUUGCAGAUUUAGGCAGUAAGUUGUGAAAAGUAGCCCCUGAUAAUAAUUUAUUUUUGCCUGGUGUAAUGAAAGGAAAAUUACUUUCAUUUUUACAUGAUGAAUGUUGACAGUGUACGUGAUAGCCUAACUUUCCUUAUCCAGUUCUGUUGUGAUGUGAAGCUCCAGCAAUAUUGAAUAGAAAGCCACAAAUCAAAAACGUCCCUAUACAUGGAAGGGGGGCCCCCCUUAUGAAACCAAGACACCCUGCGUAUCGUUGAUGCCUGGGACAAAAAUGAUCAAAAAUAAUCUCCUGAGUAAUCCUUUGUCAUAUCAUAAGGAGUGGUGAUAUGAUUAAUCUUUACCCUCUUUAUAAAGCCUAUCUUUACUUUGGGCAAAUCCUUCAAAAGUGCAUGUCAUUAUUGCAAUUCUUUACUAGAAUAUGUAUCUACUAUUGGUGAAGGAUAUGAAAUAAAAAUGUGCUUUCUUUUAUAAAUUUACUGAUUUUACAUCAAAAAUUUAUUUUGAUUGGGUGCUCACUCAAAAAUUUAUUUUGAUUGAGUGCUCAAUCAAAAUAAAAUAUCUAUGUAUUUUUGGCUUGUUUUUAUAACACCACUUCUUGCUGAUGAAAUGGGCUGAAUAUUGCAGGAUGCAAUCUUAGCCAUUAGAUUUUUAAUAUCCAAUUUACUAUUUGUUAUAGGUUAACAUCAAAAGGCUUUUUUCAAAUAAAAUAAAAACGUUACCACUAGAUACCAAAUUUGACUUCUAACGGCUGAAGAAACAUCCAAUGACCACUUUUGUAACAUUUGAAUUAGAGACGAUACUUGGGAGUAUAAUUCGCUUUUCUGACCCUUUUCCAAAGCUUUUUAGAAGACUUUAAAGGACAAGUCCACCCCAACAAAAACUUUAUUUGAAUAAA